AUGGCUCAUCCGAAAAAAUGGAGGAGCUGCAUGUCAGAAAACAUGCUGACGAUGCUUACAGUACUUGCUGUAGUGGCAGGUACCAUUCUGGGUUUCAUCCUAAGGAACGUCAAAGAAGAAACAUGGACAAAGCGCGAAAUUAUGUACAUUCAAUUUCCAGGAGACAUAUUCCUCCGGAUGCUAAAAGCACUUAUAUUACCAUUAAUCGUCGCUAGUAUCGUUAGCGCGAUCGGCGGUUUGGAUCUUAAUUUAUCUGGAAGAAUUGGUAUGCGAUCAAUUUAUUAUUAUGCAUCAACGACGAUAUCUGCUGUAAUUCUUGGUAUAAUUUUGGUCUUAAUUAUUAGACCUGGAGAAUACAGUGCACGUGGUAUGGUUGUAAAGGAUAAUAUAAAGCCAACUAGAGAUAUUACAACCACAGAUACGAUAUUAGAUUUAAUCAGUCACUAUACAAGAUUGGAAUAUAUCUCAUAAAUAUGGAGAUGGUACAAAUACUUUGGGCUUGGUUAUAUUUGGAAUUGUGUUUGGAAUAGCUCUUAGUAAAAUGGGUGAACAAGGAAAACCUCUCUUAUCUUUCUUUGACACUUUAUCUGAAGCAUCAAUGCUUAUUACUAAAUGGGGUAUCUCCAAUUGGUGUACUCUUUCUUGUUACCUCAAAACUCUUAGAAAUUGAGGAUAUUGGUGCUAUUGCUGGACAAUUAAGUUUAUAUUUCAUUACAGUAUUAUUAGGUUUAUUUAUUCAUGGUUUAGGAACACUCUCUCUUAUAUUUUUCAUUUGCACUAAAAAGUUGCCAUUUAAAAUGAUGGGCAAGAUGACUCAAGUUGUAGCCACAGCAUUUGGUACCUCAUCGAGCACAGCCACACUUCCAGUAACGAUACAAUGUCUGGAUAAUAUAGGUGUCGAUCCGAGAGUUACGAGAUUUGUUGUUCCAAUUGGUGCUACUAUAAACAUGGAUGGAACUGCAUUGUACGAGGCAGUCGCUGCAAUUUUUAUAGCUCAAGUUAGAAGAGUUCCAUUGUCUCUUGGCAAUGUCAUUGGUGUUAGUAUAACGGCAACUGCUGCAAGUAUUGGAGCUGCUGGUAUUCCACAAGCUGGUCUUGUUACAAUGGUUAUGGUAUUGGAUACUGUAGGACUACCUGCUGAAGAUGUAACACUUAUCAUUGCUGUAGAUUGGCUCCUAGAUCGUUUUCGAACAACGAUAAACAUUGUAUGCGAUGCACUCGGAGCUUAUGUAGUUGAACAUUUAAGUAAAAAAGAACUUGAAGCAAGUACGAAUCUCCAGGAGGAAACAAUCGAACUAGCCAGAGUAAGGAAAGCAGAAGCAUAAUUUUAUAGCUUUCUUGUUACAAAUUGCCAAGAUAUUAUAUGAACACAAUUUUACUGUGUUCAUAACAUUUUUUAUUUUACUUUAUAGUCAAUAAUUUGUACUAAUGUAUAUUAAUGUUGAUUCUAAUUUUUAUUUAUAUUAUAAUCUAUGUAUGUAUAAUUAUGUAAUUACUAAGUAUUUUAAUUAACAGAAUGUUGUUAGAUACUUAAAAAAAACUGUUACUCUGACAUACUUAAAGAAAAAAAGUGAUCGAACAUUAAUGUACUUUAAAAGAUCUAAUCUCGACUUAUUUAUAUUCAUAAAUAUAUUAAAUACAUAGUAUUGUUUUUUAUUUUAAAAAAAUAUUUUAUUGUAAUUAUUUUUCUGCGCGAAAUUUAAAAUAUUACAGAUUCCGUAAUAUUAAAACAUUCCACAUAUUUGUAGAAUAUAACAAAUAUAAAAAUGAUGUUUAAAUAUUGUUUCAUUAUAUUUCACUUCUGUCUAUUUUCACUAUUUAUUGUAGACUUUAUUAAUAUAAUUUUAAAAAUACUCUCUUGUAAUCAUGAAAAUGUAUUUUUUAAAUUCUUUUUAUAAUUUCAUAUACUUUAGUUAUGUGAAUUCUCUUAAAAUUUGUUGUUUAAUUACAUCUUUAAAAAUGCUUACUUAAUUAUAUACAUAUACUUUAAAAAUAGUAAAAAUUUGUGUUUAUUUUCUCAAAGCAAUGUGUUUAAAAGAACUUGACACCUUGAUUAUCAUCAAAUAAAAUUAGUUCUGCUUUUUUAUUUGCUUCUAGUAUUUUAAGUGCUCUGAUCAAUACUUCUAUAUCAAGUCCAUAAAAUUCUAA